CAAUGUUUCAUCAUCUGGAGGUGUGCGCGUAUGCUGCUGUGAGAGGCAGCAGGAGGAUUGAUUGAUGUCAGUAGAAGCGUCGAUUGCAGUUCGGCAUGCAUGGCCGCGGCCCCUGAAAUGUGCCAGCCAGUCGCCCAAACUUCCCAGACACAUUUCAGUUGCCACCUGGUCGCUUUGUCGCGCUCCAACACAAGAUCCCCUGAGACGUUAAUCACGGUGGUCAUGCCGAUCCUGUUUGGUACGAGGUUUGACUAUGGCUCCUCUAAGCCGUGAGCGGCUCGGCGCACAUGUCACGACAAGCAAAACACUGCAGCACGGCAUCGCGGGAUAUCCAUUGCGCAGGCCAAGUGGCAUCAUGGGAAUACACCAGUGCACGCGACAGGCGACCAGAAACAGGUUCGUGGAAGAUUGCUAAGAGAUGUCUCGUGCCAAUGUCGUACCCAUCGGUGGGGCAAGUACUGGGCGACAAGGAGGCACAGACGAUACUGAUCAAUAGACGCGCCGCUUCCAACUCGGGGUGCAUGGACGUGCUCCCUGGGAUGUCUGGACCACUCUGCUUCCAAAUCUGCCAGCCCGUGGCCGUCAGGGUGUCAAUGACACAUCUAGCUGCUGCCCUGUGGCCUCGUCGGGAUGUCGAAAGAUUCCAUGAAACGUACAUUAUGCCAGUCAGCAGGCUCAGCUGCGGGCAGCAUCAUGACGGAGCAAUUAUUGCCAAGGAAGUUCUAGUGCUCGCUCAGGCGCCGGGUCUGCCAGACAGUUCGCUUCCCAGAAUACAUGCCUUCUGAACCACUUUGACCCCUCCUGUGCUGGCCACAUGGCGUGGGCAGAAAAAUCCUUGAAGAGGGCGUCGAUGCCAAUUGCCACGAGCUGCUGAUGAUGUUGUAUUUUGCUUGCGGGUGAUGGAUACGACAGUUACGACAUUGAUGAUCAUGGCGAUGCGAUUGUUGUUCAGCAUCAGAAAUACCCACUACAGUGAUGCCUAAACUACAUGGGUAGAUCUGGUUAAUGCUGCGUGGAACGAGAUGUCCAAUGCUGCGAGGCGGACAGAUCCAACCAACGCUGCACUCAGAAAUUCAAGGGAAGCACCCUGAGUCAGGGUGCCUCCGAUCAGCCUGUACAUUCGCUGCCUUGUGGUACCUAAACGGAGCAAGGCGCUGUGAAAUCUACACGCGCACUUUGGUGGAUGUGGGGCAGCGCAAGACGCCCCGCGGGGCCAGGCCCGCGAGCAAGACGCCAGGGCACCCUGCGGGCCGGUGCCGCCCCUUCGUGCCAGCAGCGCGCGCCGGGAGGCUCGUGCGCGUGGGCGCGGAGCACCGCGGCCCCCCGCGGAGGUCAGGUCGACGAGGGGAAGACAGGGAAACGAACAACGAGGGGAAGACGAGGGGAAGACGAGGGGAAGACAGGGAAGACGAGGGGAUGACAGGGGAAGACGAGGGGAAGAGACGAACAACGAGGGGAAGACAGGGGAAGACGAGGGAAGACGAGGGUACAGAGCGCCAAUCUCCUGCCAAGAGCGAGUGUGGGCCAACAGCCGAACACUCGGCCGCACCAAAAAGAACCCACUGCAGCACUUCUGGCACGCGGCAUAUGGAUCGACUAAGCCAGUAGUUUUGAAUGCCCAGGCAAACGUCACGAGGAAAUGCCUGCCAUAAUCCGCCACCGCGCCGUAGUCACUGAGUGGAGUCUCCUCAGGUCCCCUCGAAUUCUGUAUUGACGAUUGCAAAUGCUAUAUUUCAAGCGCCCUGAAAAAUCGCCAAGGCCAAAUAGUCCUCGAAACUGGCUGAAUCGCUGGAGGUGCAUUAGAUAAUUCACACCGUAAGUAGUUCCCUGUCUACAACCACCACGAGGGGACCUCACGAUCCAACCCAUGAAAGUUGAGGGUGAACUCGAAUUCGCACAAGGCUGCCAAACUGGCCGAGCGCACCGCUGGUACUGCGGCGGUCGUUCAAAAGCCGGACGCCGCGGUGAUGGUGCAGUUCCUUGCAAAAGAUCCCGGUCCAGAUAAUAAUGA